UCUGAUAAUGAAAAUAAUUCAAAAGCCAUAACUUUCCCCUUUUGAAAUCAUAUAUAGAUCCACCAACAAAAUCUACAAUAGCUGUCCAGGAUCAUAUAUUUGUUCCUAUGCAUCCGAUUAUUUUAUCCAAAUUCUCUGCGAAAUUCACAUCAGUCAUCACAAUCACCAUCACCGAACUCCCCCAAAUUCAGUCAUGAAACCAGAGAUCAACCGAGAUUCGAUUGCUACCACCGCCCUUCUCCCGAAGUCACAACCACCGGAAAAUGAAAUCGCCGGAACUUCUUCUCUCUCCGGCGCCGUAUUCAACGUCUCAACCAGCAUGGUUGGUGCUGGAAUCAUGUCGGUUCCAGCGACUCUCAAGGUCCUCGGCAUAAUCCCAGGGUUCGUUAUGAUCCUGAUAACGGCGUUCGUAGUCGAAGUCACGGUGGAAUUUCUAUUGAGAUACACCAAUUAUACCGGUGAGGCGAACACCUACGGCGGCGUAAUGGCUGAAUCGUUCGGGAAAUUUGGUUCCAUUUCACUUCAACUCUGUGUCAUGAUUACAAACCUCGGAGCCCUAAUUAUCUACCUGAUUAUCAUCGGAGACGUUCUAUCUGGAUCGCAAUCCGAUGGGGUAUUACACUCAGGCAUUUUACAAGAAUGUUUUGGAUUUCACUGGUGGAAUUCGCGUGCGUAUUCGGUCUUGUUCGUUGUGAUCUUCGUGAUGCUUCCGCUUCUUUUGCUCCCUCGAGUAGAAUCAUUAUGCCAUGCUUCGGCUGUUUCGAUUCUCCUAGCAGUGGUGUUUGUCGUUAUCAUCUCCGGGAUGGCGGUUUAUGCCAUGUUGGAAGGGAAAACUCAAGAACUCAGACUCAUUCCAGAUUUUGGCGAUGGAUUCUCUUUCUUCAAUCUUUUCACAACCAUCCCUGUUCUGGCUACUGCCCUUGCUUGCCACGUCACUAUCCAUCCGGUACGAGCCGAACUUGAAAAUCAAUCGGACAUGACAUCCGCAGUGCGGAUCUCUUUAAUCCUAAGUGUAGCAAUCUACUUUGCCGUUCGGUUCGUAGGGUACCUUCUUUUUGGCGAUUCAAUCAUGGCCGAUAUGUUAGUCAACUUUGACGAAACUUCUAAUUCGCCAGGUGGCCUAGUCAUCAAUGCAGUCGUUAGGUUAAGCUAUGCGGUCCAUCUUAUGCUUGUUUUCCCCGUGAUUUUUUACACAUUACGUGCUAACAUGGACGAAAUGAUUUUUCAACAAAAAUCACUUCUCGCAAAUGACACCACAAGAUUCGUGUCCCUCACGUGUGUGUUACUUGCUUUCAUAUAUUUCGUCGCAAUUGCCAUCCCGAAUAUUUGGUACUUCUUUCAGUUCAUGGGAUCGACUACGGUUUCUUGUAUUGCAUUCAUAUUCCCCGCUGCUAUUGUUCUCAGGGAUGUUCAUGGGAUUUCUUCGAGAAAAGAUCGGGUGAUGGCGAUAAUGGUGGUAGUAUUGGCUGUGGUGACUAGUGGUAUUGCCAUUUCAACAAAUUUGUAUAGUUCAAUAGGGAAUUCUACAUGAUUUUUUUUCUUCUCACAAGACUAAUAAAUAGGAGUUUAAAUUGUAACAUUUUAAAUGUUGUCAUCUAUAGAAGAAAAACAAAUGCUCUA